CGACAAGCAUUUGUAUGGUAAUUGUUGAUUAACUUAUGACAUUUUACUUUUUUAUUGUCCUUUGACCAUUCAAUUUGUGCACUAUAUACAUUGUAACAUUUUCUUCAAUUAAGCAUGGAACGCAUUUACAAUUUUAAGGCUGAAUACACCAAGUACAUUGCGGAACCUGCACUUGGUGAGUCUAGUGUAGGCGGUGCUAUGGCAGUGUAUGGGGCUUUUGAUGCAAUUUGUUCGCUGGCUAUGGGUCAACUCACCUCUGGUCUCAAGUCAAUCACUCUAAUAGUUUGUGUUGGAGCUUUCAUUCAGUUAACUGUACUGCUUUGGCUUCUACUGAAGUACAGCGUAACGAGUGUAGUACUCGGCAUUUUAUACCCCCUUCUUAUGGCAGCCGCAUUGGGAAUUGGGGAUGGAAUAUUCAACACAAAGCUUAAUACUUUUCUUGGGAUGCUCUAUAAGCAUGAUAUGGAAGGAGCAUUUGCACAGCUCAAGGUUUGGCAGUGUGUUUCAAUCACAGUUGUGUUUUUUGUGAGCCCUUACGUUUCUUUGCCUGCUAUGUUAAUGGUUAUGCUUGUUGCAGUCUGCAUCUCUGUUGUCGGGUCUCUAUUCCUCACUCUAAUGGUCGAGAAAGCAUUCUCUUGUGCUUAUUGA